AUGCGCGGAGUCUCCACCUCCUCCCCCGUCCAUCGGACUACAACUCCCAUCGUCCCCUCCGCGGCGGCGCAGGCGCGCUGCGGGGCCGCUGUGCGCAGGCGCGGGGGGGGGCGCACCCCGGAAGCGGCGCGGGGAAGGCGGAGCGGCCGCGCCCGGCACCUGCCCGCGCCGGCGCCGCGGCGGCUGCCCCAGCAGUGCCAUGCAGCCCUGAUGGAGCCCAACGCCUUCCCGCAGCUGCAGCUCUGGUGCCCGCGGCCCUUCGGCACCUACAGCCAGAACAAGCCAUGCGCCGGUCCCGGCAGCGCCAAGAAACCCUUCAGCCCCUCCUGCCGCCACACCGAGAACACGCCGCCGCCCGGCACCGGCACCGGCACUGCAGAGCCUGCCGCCGCGGCACCGCCGGCACCGCCAACGCCAGCGUCGGAGGAGGGCCGGGUGCUGCUGGACACGUGGUACGUCAUCAAGCCCGGCAACACCAAGGAGAAGGUGGCUUUCUUCGUGGCGCACCAGUGCGGCGCCCGCGCCAGCACCAUGAAGGUGAAGGGCAACUGGGGCAGCGGCAGCUCCAAAGCCAAGCGGCGCCGGCGCUGCCACGAGCCCGUCAAGGCCAAGGUGAGCGCGGUGGGCGCCGGCGAGGAGGCGGCUGAGGCGCCCGAGCUGGUGUCGGUGGCGGAGAUGGUGGCGCUGGUGGAGCAGCGCGCGGCGCUGGCGCUGCAGAGCUUCCCCCCGGUGCUGCUGGAGGCGCCGGCCGGCGACGCCAAAGCGCCAAGCGCCGCCGACUGCAGCCGCGUGGCCGAGGCCGUCGCCCACUUCGAGUCGCGGCACCGCGAUGGCGCCGCCAGGCCCAACGGCUUGUGCCGGCCUGGCGCUGAAUGCACCGCGGCAGCGGCCCCGGCGGCGCCCGGCGAGGUCCGCAUCGCCUUCCGCAUUGCCAGCGGCCGCGAGCCCCGCGCCGGCCCCGCCGCCGGCCCCGAUCCUGGCGGUGCCGCCCGGCCCGGCUGUGUGUUCGUGAGCGGCACCGGCACCGGCGGCCGCGCCAAGGACAAGAUCACGUGCGACCUGUACCGGUUGAUCAGCCCCUCCCGGGACGUGCUCCCCACCAACGUGGAGCUGCUCCUGGCCGCCGCCGGGCCCAAGGGCGAUGGUGGGGACGGCGAUGCCAGCACCGCGGCGCGCGGCGAGGGUGCGGCGUCACCGUCGGCCAAGGCGGACACGUGCGAGGGCUCGGCGGAGGCGGCGCCGGGGCGGGAUUGUGCUGCCGGCUUUCACGUGGACGUGGUGGUGACCGGCGUCGUGGACCAGUGCGUGUUCUAUGGCAAGGACAGCGCCAAGCAGGUGACAGAGGAGACGGUGCGGCUGCCGGCGGCACCCAAGGACGAGCCCUCCCCGCCGCCGCCGCCGCCACCGGGGCAGCUCUUCCUCUUCCCCAUCGCCGACGAACCGGCGGCGGCGGCGGCACCGGACCCGGAGGCGGUGUCGUCGGCAGCCGACCCGUCGCUGUGCCGCUUGUACCGCCACGUGUCCCAUGACUUCCUGGAGAUCCGGUUCAAGAUCCAGCGCCUGCUGGAGCCGCGGCAGUACAUGCUGCUGCUGCCGGAGCACGUCAUGGUGAAGAUCUUCAGCUACCUGCCCACCCAGGCGCUGGCCGCCCUCAAGUGCUCCUGCCACUACUUCAAGUCCCUCAUCGAGACCUUCGGCGUCCGCGCCACCGACUCGCGGUGGACCCGGGACCCGCUCUACCGCGACGACCCCUGCAAGCAGUGCCGCAAGCGCUACGAGAAGGGGGACGUGUCGCUGUGCCGCUGGCACCCCAAGCCCUACCACCACGACCUGCCCUACGGCCGCUCCUAUUGGAUGUGCUGCCGCCGGCCCGACAAGGAGGCGCCGGGCUGCCGCGUGGGGCUGCACGAUAACCACUGGGUGCAUCCGGCGCCGCGGCGUGACGAUGGGAGGUGA